AUGCCAAAUAUGUACAUCCAGAGCACAUGUGCCACUUCAGGCGAGGGACUUUAUAAAGGUCUUGACUGGUUGUCUAACAACAUCGCCGGCAAGACACUCGACGUGCUUUUAAGGAUUUUGAUUGAGUUUCCAAAGGUUGAGCCCUUGUGGAGUACGGUCAUAUCACUCAUACACCGUAUGGUUGAAACCCUUGGAGCCUCUGUGUUGCUGUAUCUUCCCACGGCUUUAGAACAGCUACUUGCUGACAGUGAGCCAAAGGAAAUGGUUGGUUUUCUGGUAUUACUCAACCAGCUUAUCUGCAAGUUCAGCAACUCUCUCCGUGGUAUACUGGAAGAAGUCUAUCCUGUGGUUGCUAGUAGGAUUUUCAGUGUAAUUCCAAGAGAUGACUUCCCCUCACGCCAUGAAGCUGUUACUGAGAUAUUUGAAAUGAGGGAACUGAUCGAGCUUCAAAGGACGCUGUACACAUUUCUCCAUGUGAUGGCCACACAUGAUCUCUCUUCUGUAUUCCUUACCCCUAAAAGUAUGGCGUAUUUUCGAACGAUGAUGCAGCUUCUUCUGAACACUGCUUGUACUCACAAGGAUAUUACUGUGCGAAAGGCAUGCGUGCAGAUAUUCAUUAGACUUAUUGAAGAUUGGUGUCCCAAGCCAUACACUGAGGAGAAGGUCCCAGGUUUUCAGGAUUUCAUGAUCAAAUGUUUUGCUACAAACUGCUGCUUGUUCAGUGUACUCGAUAAAUCAUUUGACUUCAAUGAUGCGAAUACUCAGGGCUUGUUCGGGGAAAUCAUCAAAGCUCAGAAAGUGAUGUAUGAAAAAUUUGGUAAUGUGUUUCUCAUGCAUCUUAUGUCUGAAGCUUUUCCAUCAGCAAAUUGUCCACAAGAUUUGGCGGAGCAGUAUUGCCAAAAGUUGCAGGGUAAUGAAAUUGGGGGCCUCAAGUUAUGCUACCAGUCCCUUAUAAAAAAUCUCAGGCUUCAACAAAACGGGAGUCAU